AUUUUUUAUCUUGUUGCUUUCCCGUCAAAAUACCAGCCGUCAAUGGACACAAAAUCUAUUGUUCAGAAGCAGAACAGCUCCCACUGAACUGCUGGAAACUGUACUGCAGGAAGAAAGGAAACGAGGAAGUAGACAAAGGAAUUGGACGUCUCAUGUUUCUGUGAACAGAAGCAAUGGUGUCAGCCAUUCUUACGACACAGGCUCUAAACUCACCCUCUUCUUCCAUUGAAUUUCAUUGCAUUUUGGGCUCAAAUUUCAUCCGAUGCCCUUGUUUUUCGAUUACCGGAAAACCCAUUUAUGCCAUUCCAAUCGAGAGAUCCAGGCUGAAGAAUCAGAGAACGAGUAUUGGCCCCGUAAGAAUCGCUUGCGCAUUGGGUAACGCUAUAAUCGACAAAAAAGAGCUCGAUAUCAAGCCUUCUUUCAAUGAGUACCUGAAAAUUAUGGAGUCCGUUAAAGAAAAUAAGAAAACGGUUGGUGACCGAAGUGAAAGAGUCGGACAAAAGCGUGAUUCUGGGGAACCGGGACGGCAAUUGCGUCCUGUGGAAAAGAAAAAGGCCCUCUCAGAUUCUAUGCCGCCGAAUCAGGUGUCUGGCGGUGAGAAAAUCCAAAUUCAAUCGAGAACUGCGAAGAAGCCGCUGUUAAAACCUAAUAAUGACAACCCUAGAGGUGAAGAAAGAAAUAGGGUUGAGCUUAUGGAGAUGGACAGAGCUGCCUUCAAAUCAAUGGAAGAGUAUGGUGAAGAUGAUGCUUAUGAUAAGCUCAGAGUUUCAAAAGCCGAGAUGGAAGAGAGAAUUCAGAUGCUUGCGAGAAAUCUGAAUGGUGCAGAUAUUGACAUUCCUGAGUGGAAGUUUUCUGAAAUGAUGCGAAGUGCUAAAAUCAGAUUUUCAGAUCAUUCUAUGUCAAGGAUUAUUCAAAUAUUGGGUAAAUUGGGAAAUUGGAGGCGAGUACUACAAGUUAUUGAAUGGAUUCAGUCACGUGAGCGCUUCAUAUCAUACAGGAUAAGAUAUGUUUAUAACGCUGCUCUUGAUGCACUUGGGAAGGCAAAGAGGCCAGUUGAGGCACUCAAUUUGUUUCGUGAAAUGCAGGAAGAUAUGUCCUCAUACCCAGAUCUUGUGUCUUAUCACUCUAUUGCUGUAACUCUUGGACAAGCAGGACAUAUGGAGGAACUAUUUUAUGUGAUUGAAAGCAUGCGAUCUCCACCCAAAAAGAAGUUAAAAACUGGGAUUCUUGAGAAGUGGGAUCCACGACUAGAGCCAGAUAAUAUCAUCUAUAAUGCUGUCCUAAAUGCUUGUGUUAGCUGUAAAAGUUGGGAAGGUGCCCUUUGGGUACUGCAACAGCUGAAGCAGCAGGGGCAGCAGCCUUCUAGUGUAACAUAUGGGCUAGUAAUGGAGGUCAUGCUUGCAUGUGGCAAAUACAACUUGGUGCACGAUUACUUCAUAAAAUUGCAGAAAUCAUGUAUUCCCAGUGCUUUGACCUAUAAAGUACUAAUAAAUACGCUUUGGAAAGAAGGUAAAACGGAUGAGGCCAUACUGGCUGUAGAAGACAUGGAAAGACGAGGAAUAGUGGGCACUGCUAGUUUGUAUUAUGAUCUUGCUCGUUGUCUUUGUAGUGCAGGAAGGUGCCAGGAGGCGCUAAUACAGGUUGACAAAAUAUGCAAAGUUGCAACAAAGCCUCUAGUGGUGACCUACACUGGUUUAAUUCAAGCUUGUAUGGAUUCUGGGGAUGUUCAGAGUGGAGUCUAUGUCUUCAACCACAUGCACAAGUUUUGCUCACCAAAUUUAAUAACCUAUAAUAUACUCCUCAAAGCUUACCUUGAUCAUGAGUUGUUUGAAGAAGCAAAACAAUUGUUUCUAGGCUUAUUAGAAAAUGGAAAUCGUAUUAGAAAUAAAUCAGAUUGUAAAGAUAUGGUUUUGCCCGAUAUCCAUUCAUUUAACUUGAUGUUGGAUGGAUUUUCUGCUCAGCUAAAGUGGGAUGAAGUCGAGUUUAUCUACUUACAAAUGUUGAAACAUGGAUACCACUUCAAUUCAAAACGCCACCUUCGCAUAGUACUACACUCCUGCAAUGCUGGAAAGGUGGGAAUUUUGGAAGCGACAUGGAAGCAUUUGGACCAGGCCGAUAAGAAACCUCCACCACCCCUAGUCAAAGAAAUGUUUCUGGUGUUGUUGGGAAGAUGGGAUUUUGCUUCUGCCCUUGCCUGUGUUGUUGCUCGGGCGCCUACUGAGUCACAGGUAUUUUCCGCCAAGUGCUGGUUACAGUUUUUGAAUGGCAACCGCCAUCGCAUAGAGACAGAUAAAAUUGUUGCAUUGCUACAUGAACAUGAGCUUAGCAUGUGUAGUGGUAGGAGUGAAAAUAUUUUACUAGAGAAUCUAAUGGCUUCUUGUAAAGAAUUUUUGAGAACUCAUAGUGAGUGAUAUGGCAUAGGUUUACUUUGUCACCCUAUCUGGUUUAUGCAGAAAUUCAGUUUCCCCGACUA